AUGGCAAGUGUUACUUCUCUUUGUCGCUGGUUGUUUCAAGAACCACCAGGAUCUCGUCGAGAAUCGGAAGGUCAAUAUGCUUAUGCACUUGAAGAAAUGAAUGGUCCAAUUGCACGUGUUGAAGACGGAAUUAUCGGUCCGUAUUCAGCUGAAUUAAAAGAGGGACAAUGGUUUAAAAUUCCACGUACAUCUUGUCCUGCUCUUAAUCUUCACGGUCUAGGUACACAGUUAUCUAUUGUUGCUUGGGUAAAACGUAAGCAAAAGAGCAGCAAAGAAUGCGAAACGAUUGCUGGAAUGUGGAAUGAAACAAAUAGUGCAAGACAAUAUUGUCUCUUUCUCAAUCUUGGUAUUUGGAGUAGUGCCAAUCAAGUGUGUGGCCACCUGUCCUCGACGGGCGCUCCUAGUCCUGAUUAUAGCUAUUGUAUGGAAGCUACGAUAGGACAAUCUGCUGUACCAUGGAACGAAUGGCAACAAGUUGCAGUCACAUUCGAUGGGAUUUGGGCUAAAGCUUAUUUAAAUGGAAAACUCGAUCAACGACCAGGUCUCAGUCCGUAUUUUUGGCCGUGUGUCAUUCACGAUGGUGGAGAUCAAGGUGCUGAUUUUACUGUUGGUUCAGUAUUUCGUAGCGGCACCAUGGGCAACUGGUUCGUUGGACAACUUGGAGGAUUGGCUGUUUAUGAUCAUGCUCUCACUCCUACACAAAUUCAUGAACUUUAUGUUUGUCGUUCUGUUUAA